AUGGCUGGCAAGGACGGGUCUCAUGUCCCUAUCACGAACACCAACACACUUCGUCUUAUACUCACUGUUCUUCUUUUGCAGUCAAUCCUCACACUUGUUCGGGCUAGAGCAGUGGAGAGCGUGGAAACGGCAGCCGCCCACAUGCCUCUCUGUCCCGCCCAUGUGUCCGAGGAUGACGACCCAAAAAUGAAGACUCUCAUUAACACCCUGCCUCUAGAGUUGCUGAACCCGCCAAAGAUUGAUGAUGAUAAGCACCUGUUUGAGGGGGACAUCGUGAUGGAUGGACAGGAGUGGCAUUACUUGGAGAGAGACAACAGCAGUGCCACUACCAGGAAGGCCAUAAAAAACGUGGCCCGCCUCUGGCCCGUCGAUGCCACCUCCGGCUGGCCCACUAUACAUUACGUGAUGACAUACUCAGUGUUGGAUCCAUUGAAAGUCCGUGAUGCCAUGGACGUGUGGGAGAAGAGCACCUGCGUCAAGUUUGUUAAGAUCAGUGACGGCAUCCAUACUCGGCCCUUCAUCAAGGUGAAGAGCGGCAGCGGGUGUUACAGCUUCGUCGGCAACAUGAGGAGUAACGCCCAGGUCAUCUCUCUAGGCCAGGGCUGCUAUAACCUCGGCACCAUCCUGCACGAGCUCGGUCACGUCCUCGGUCUCUACCACGAACAAAGCCGUGCUGACAGGAACGACUAUAUAGGGAUAAACUUCACCAACGUUCAGAGCAACAUGGAGAAGAACUUCCUUAAAGAGAAAACUAAACACUACGGCGUCGAGUACGACUUCACCUCCAUCAUGCACUACCAUUCCACGGUAACCCAAAAUAAAGCAGAAGAGAGCUUUGUCGACUAUUCUUGGUCAAGUCGCUCUUCCUUACAGAGUUGUGGGGAAGGUCGUGUUCCUUUACUUCCACCUGUAAGAACGGUGGCUACCUCGGCUCUUCCUGUGCUUGUAUAUGUCCACCCGGCACCUCCGGCCGCACCUGCAGCUACAUCACACAUGACUAUUACCAAAAGUCCUUGUGUUAAAGUGGGUAUGCGUGUGCCAGGUUCCGGGUGCGUGUGGUGGGUGCGGUCUCCUGAUGACUGCCUGACUCCCGUUCUCACCGUCAACGACUUCGUUCUUUUCGGGAAGGCCACCAACCGCCAGUGUCUUUGGGACCGCCUCGAGAUCCGCACGCAGUCCAUUCACUACGGCAACGAGUACUGUGGCACCGACCUCAAACCCGGCCAGAAGGUGGUCGGUGAAGGCCGUGACAUUGUCCUCUUCUUCUCCUCAAACCUCGGCUGGAGACGUGGCUUCCAAUUCACAGUCAGCUUCCGGUACACGUGUCGGUCUUCUUGUCUCGUCAGUGACACGGGAAAGUCACUCAGCUGGAGUUCCCCGUUCUACCCCGAGGACUACCAGGGUCAACUCUACUGCAGUAUCACCGUCAACAAAGAGCAGCCGACGAAGAUGUUCUUAGCCUUGAAUUCCGUCAACCUCCCGGCCGACUGUCGUGAAAGCAUUAAAAUCACCAGCGCUCACGGGACUGUAGCUAGGAUCUGCCGCAAUAGUAAUGGACCACUGCAGCUACCAGGGUCCUUCCACACGGCAUCUUUCGCCAGUAACGCAACGAGCGGGUCUCAGAGUUGGGCUGUAACCUUCUUCGGUCUAUCGUCUUGGUGCCAUAAAGUGGUCACUCUCUCUAAGGCGAGGUCAGCAGGCUCCUUCUCCUCGCCCAGGUUCCCCAAGAAGUACCCCAAGCACACAGAGUGCGAGUGGUGGAUCAAAGCGCCAGCUGGCCGCAGAAUCAAGCUGCGUUUCCGGACGUUGCGUCUGGCCACCAGCUCCUACCACCCCACUAAACUGCAGUUCAAGCGGCGUUUCUACCAGAAGAUGUGCAUUCGGGGUUACGUGCUGGUGUCACUGACGGGGAACUCCGCCUACCCAAACGACGACACUACGGUUAAGCUCUGUGGUUACCGUAAUGACGGCUACUCUCUCAUCUCCAAUGGUAACGAGGCGGCCCUACUCCUCUGGGGCAGUGCGUACAGCUCCACCGGCUUGUGGGUGGAGUAUUUCCUUGUCUGAGCUCAUCCCUCCUCACUUGGCCUCCCCUCUUGUCGGAAGUCAUUUGUAUGCGGUGUCGAAUCUCGUUAAGGACGAUCUGAUCUUUUUUUUUUUUGUCAUAUUGGUUCUUGACACAUCCUAAACGUUACCAUAAUCUUCUCUUCCCAUUUUCAUGCAUUAUUGACAUUAUAAUGCUGUUAAUUUCUUGUCAAAAUUUCUGACGUCAUUAAAACUUUUAUUUGUCCCGACUUCAAACUUUUCAGAUCUUAAAACUGUGGAAGCGUUUAACUGUAACCAGAGUAUAUUAUCAUUUAUGACGAGUUGAUAAUAUGAGGUGGACAUUUGUUGAAAGAUUUGUGUCGUGGGUAACACUUCACUAUGUGUCGUGGGUAACACUUAAUAUAUGUCGUGGGUAACACUUCACUGUGUCGUGGGCACCAACACUAUAGCCAGCAGGUACAGGAGUGCAGUGUGUGCCGCCCGACCUACAGUGAAGCCUACCUCAGUAUUCAGGGAAACCUUCUUACAUCAGUCCAGUAGUUUUACUUUAACAAUGUUGUAUUUGUUAUUUGUAGACCUCGUGUUAGCAUGUUAUGUUUCCUAUAA